AUGAAAUAUUUUUCUCAGUUGAUUGUACUGAAACCAACUGAACAAACACCACUUAGUGCACUUUAUUGUGCUGCUCUUAUCAAAGAGACUGACUUUCCACCAGGUGUUGCCAACAUCAUACCAGGUGAUGGGUCUGAAUGUGGUUAUGCAAUUGCUGUUCAUGCACAUAUUGAUAAAGUAGCUUGUACUAGUCCAGUUGAAAUAAAAACAUUCACUAAUAAAACUAAAAAAAAAAAAUGGAUAGAUAAAUUAGAAUGUGGUAGUGAAGGAGUUGAUAAUAAAGAUUAUUUUAUCAAAGCAACUAUUUUUAGUGGUGUAAAAGAUGAUGUGCAAAUUACAGGUGAAGAGAGUGAUCCUGAUAAAGCAAUUGAAGCUGCUGAAAAAGGUUUCCAAUAUGAUUCACCAUGGCGUAAGUCUGAUCCUGCUGCACGUGCUCAGUUAAUUUGUAAACUUGCUGAUUUACUUCUACAUGUUGUGGGUUAUUUAGCAGCUGGUUUUUCACCAGGUAUUGUUAACAGUGUACCAGUCGAUGUUCUUGUUCGAACUACUCAUAGAGCAGUUUUCACUCAUGCAGGUCAAGUAUGUUUUCCUGCAUCAAGAAUAUUUGUUCAUUUCACACUUCGCGAUGCCUUUGUGUCUAAAAGUGUCGAAUUAGCAAAGAAACGUAUUGUUGAUGAUCCAUUUGAUCUUACAACUGAACAAGGACCAUAG